CUAGUAAACUAUAUAUCUACGAUGGCCAACUCAAAGCUUUUCUGUCUUCUCCCUCUGCUUUUCAUUGCUGCCGUCGUACUUACCAAACAGACAGCCAUGGCGGCUGACCCUCUCCGCUAUUACUGUUUAAACUUUGAAAUCUCCAUUACCAAGUCCGACUACCAAAAUAACGUAAACAAACUUUUGGGUGACCUCACCUCCCAAACACCAAUCAACGGCGGUUUUAGCUCCGGCUCCGUCGGUCAAUACUCCAGCAAAGUCUACGCCCUUGCUCUUUGCCGUGGCGACGUCUCCAGCACAGACUGCAAGUCUUGUCUAACCGACGCCAGGACCAAGAUAAUUCAAGUUUGCCGCAAAUACAUUGAGGCCAUCAUAUGGUACGACAAUUGUCUUCUCAAGUACAACGGUAAGGAUUUCUUUGGGAUUAUAGACGAGCACAAUAAGUUCUACCUGUGGAACCCUAAACCCGUGAGUAACCCGGGGAUAUUCAUCCCGAAGAGGAACGAACUGUUGAGGCAACUAGCGGCGAAAGCCGCCGGGCAGAAGAGUUUUUACGCGGCCGGAGUGGCGAAUGCCGGGGAAUCGGUGGAGGUGUACGGCUUGGUUCAGUGCACCAGGGAUCUCUCCAGCAAGUAUUGUAGGAGCUGCCUCAACGACGCCAUUGCAGAGCUCCCAAAGUGCUGUGGUUCCAAACAGGGAGGGAGAGUUGUGGAAGGGAGUUGCAGUGUCAGAUAUGAAAUAUAUCCUUUUUUCAAGUUCGAUUGAAAUGAAAUGCAAUGAAGAAAGGCGCAAAAGCUCACAGCUAGCCAGCAUGUUAUCUAUAUAAAAUAUAAAUAAAAGGGGCACCGAUGU